AUGGCCUCAGCAUUUGAUACCAACAACCUCCAGGAUUCAAUUCAGGUCCCUUUCCCUGCGGCCACCAAGCAGGCAGCGGGGUUAGUCAAUGGCAUACAAACAGAUGUUAUGGUUAUGAACUUCAGCGAUAAGAUUAUGGUCACAAUUUCGCAAGCAGGUCGCCUGGCGCACUGGCUACACGUCCCAAUGGAGAACCUGAACCCUGGCACUGAAGGCAUGCAUACCUUCUCUGAAGGCGAUGACAGUCUUUUGCCUCUUCAAAACCUGACCACUACUACCAUUCUUGGUGGUUAUUCCCCUGGUCAAGACACUACUGGCCAGCUUCUUGCUCGUCAAAUUGCUACCGCCAUUGCAACCAAGACACCCAAUGAAAACAGACUUCUUGUGGUCGGGUUGGGCCUUGGGAAAGAAAUGGCCGAUCGAGAUGCAUUCUUUGCUAUUGUUGAUCUUGUUCUUCAAUGUCUGUAA